GUCCCCCAGCAGAAGCACAUUCACAGAUGUCUCUGCACGCGUCUCAACCGUCAUGACAAGGCAGUCCGCUUCUGUGUGAGCAGAGAGGCACAGAGAGAUUCAGAGAGAAUAAGAGAGGAGACGGGUGGGAGGGAGAGCAGGAGAAAGAAGAGGAGAGGGCAAAACACAUAUAUCGCUUCCACUCUGAGGUUUCUGCUCAUGAGUCUGAUCGGGUGUGUUUAAGCAAAAGAAGAGGAAAAAGAGGGAGGACAAUUCAUCCUGAGAGCUUGAAUCAUCUCUUUGCUUGAAAUUUGGCUCUUUUUUAACUCCAUCCCCCAAUGAAUAAAGGUGGCUUCUACUAACACGACACAGUGAUAUAGAGGGAUGCUUUGAACGCUGCCUCUCUUUCAACAAGGGGCAAGAAAGAGAAAGAGGGGGAAGACGGCAUACAGCAAGGAAAAAAAUAAACUGGAUUUCUAGGAUGACUCUGAGUCGACUUGGAAGGUUGGAAUACAAGCCUCACGCCAAAGUCUCUGAAUGAGGGCUUUGGGUGGCCUGUCUGUCCAAGCAAUCAGAAGAAGAGAAUUAGGCAAUGGUGAAGGGCCAUGGAGGCACUCACUGUUAGGUAGCCCAUUGGGCAUGGAGUGUGUCCUUCUCAGCCACGCAUCAACAGUACUGCAGUGAUCCAGUUCUGACUGUGGGUAAUCCAGAGCCAAACAACCAAUCCUUGAGAUGUCGAAGAGAAGAGAUAUUCUUGCCAUCGUGUUGAUCGUGUUACCCUGGACUCUACUCAUCACUGUUUGGCACCAAAGUGCUAUAGCUCCACUCCUCGCUAUCCGAAAGGCCUGUCACCACCUAGUAAAAGAGAUCUUUAUCAUUCCAGAGAGGCUUGCGGUCCACCACCACCGACUCUCAGAUGAUGGUGCCGAGGGCAAGAGGGAGACCGGUGGUCAGGACUCCAAAGAAUACUGUGCCUCAGAUAAGGACAUUGUGGAGGUGGUGAGGACAGAGUACGUGUACACGCGGCCUCCACCUUGGUCAGAUGUGUUGCCGACAAUUCACAUCAUCACUCCCACAUACAGCCGACCAGUACAGAAAGCAGAGCUGAUCCGGAUCGCAAACACUUUUCUCCAUGUCCCAAACUUGCACUGGAUUGUGAUAGAAGACUCACAGAGGAGAACGCCUCUAGUUACAAGUCUCCUCCGAGAAACGGGGUUAAACUACACGCACCUCAAUGUGGAGACGCCUAAGAACUUUAAGAUGCGAGGCGACACUCGUGAUCCCAGGAUUCCCAGAGGGACCAUGCAGCGGAACCUGGCCCUGCGUUGGCUUAGGGAGACCUUCAAAAACAACAACAGCCAGCCGGGCAUCGUCUACUUUGCAGAUGAUGACAACUCAUACAGCCUGGAGUUGUUUGAGGAGAUGAGAUCGACUCGGAAAGUUUCAGUCUGGCCUGUGGCCUUUGUGGGCGGCCUGCGCUACGAGUCCCCGAAGGUAAACGCAGCCGGAAAGGUCUAUGGUUGGAAGGCGGUGUUCGACCCCCACCGGCCCUUUGCCAUCGACAUGGCCGGCUUCGCCAUCAACCUGAAACUCAUCCUCUCCAAGCCACAGGCGUACUUUAAGCUCCGUGGGGUGAAGGGAGGCUACCAGGAGAGCAGUUUGCUCCGAGAGCUUGUAACACUCAAUGACCUGGAGCCAAAAGCUGCCAACUGCACCAAGAUACUUGUUUGGCACACGAGGACAGAGAAACCCAUCCUUGUAAAUGAGGGGAAGAAAGGAUUCACCGAUCCAAAUAUCGAGGUUUGAUUGUACUUUCCUCAAAACCCUGGUGGUUGGUCUUGCAUCUUUGGUGGUGGGAAGCUAUGAAGUUUCUGUAGAACUGUAACUUUAGCACUGAAGUCUUAAAAUCUAAGUGAAGAAAAAAAUGAAGUAUGGCAGGGGUUAGAAAUCUGACAUUUUUUCAAAUGUGGACCAAAAACAUGUAUAAUAUAUCAUAUCAAAGCACAGCAGAGAUGGAGGGUGCAGCCGUUCUUCGAGUCUACCACUGAAGAGCAAAGGAUACUUAUUCCUUACAAGAUUUACUUGGAGGACAACGGCCGGAACUGUCUCUGAGGAGGGAAAAAAGACAGCACAAAAAGAAAAGCAUACAGCCAGCAGAUCGGAGCAAACUAGCAGGUUCAAGAACUUUUUGUCAUCUUCAAAUGAAAAUGGAAAGGAUCUUCAACAAACGGACCAUGAUCUGCACAUUGCACACAACAAGAGCUCCAGGACGUGCUGGAUUAAAGAAAUAACAAAACAAAACAAAAAAUUAAAAAAAAGAGCACUCUCAGCAAUGAAGGAAUGUUGUUUUAAUAACUACAAAUAUUUGCUGUCGUUUAAUUUAACUGGUUUAGGGGUUUUAUGAACACUUGAUCUGCUAGUUUAACUAUCCUGACUCUUACCCUCAUUUUCUGUUGGGUUAUCAUUGUCAAUGCUAUACCAUCAUCAUUUGCAGCAAAUUAACAUUUUUAGCAUCUUGGUUUGAAAUGAAGAAUCAUAAAAAUCCAAACUUAACUUCCUUUAAGCACUUAAAAACUUUAUUUGGGGGGGAUAUUCUUUUUGUGAAGAAAUCAGAGGGAAAUUUUUGACAAAUGCACUGGAAAUAUUGUAUUUAUGUGUGAAUGCAAAACUAUUAAAAUUCCUAAAAUGUUACACAACAAAGCUCAGUUACUGUCUGCAUUCAUUUUACAGGAAGACUGUUGGGAUUUUUUUAAAUUUUAUUAGGAAAACCUUCAGUUUUUCAGAUUUACAAAAGCUUACAAUUUAAAAUUAUGUUAAAUAAAAAAGACAUAAUAUUAAAUCCAUCAAUAAAAACAGAUGUCCCUCAUUAUCUAAUGGAUCUGUGGACAGAAGACAAAAUAAACAUAAAAAAAACAACAUAAUUAGCUACUCAUCAAGUACGGUCUUAUGCUAAAUUAAAAUCCAUCCACCACUAAUUUAUGUUUGGUAACCAUGGUGACAAUUAAAAUCCAAGUACAACACACUAGCGCACAUGAAUUGUAAAAAAUUUUAUAAAUGUCAAACUUGUUUAUGCUACUUUUAUUUAUUUUUUGGUCACACAUUACCAAAAUUUUUAAAUUUCUUGUAUUUAAAAAAAACAAUGUCCCGUUUGGCUAAAAAUAUUUUAAAAAAACUAUGUAUAUUAAUUUGAUGACAGUUUUGGUCCUCUGUUCUUCAUCUGUUAUGUUUCACUAAGUUGAAUGGUGUGAACAGAAAAAGUCUGCAUCAGAUUUUGGUUAUAUUUAAUUUUACAUGUAAGAAAAAAAAGAAUAUAUAUAUAUAGCAGCAUCAGGUAUUGAUUCCUAAGCAUCUCUUUUUUUUCUUUUUGUUUUUUUUAAGCAUUAAUGCAUGGCCCUGGAAAUGUGAUAUAUGUACAUUCUUUUUUUGUGUACAUUAAGCUCCGAAGUCACUGUAGGCAAAUGAAAAGCACAAUAAAUAUAAAUGUUCUUUUUGGUCUGGUUGAAAAAUGGAGGCGGCUGGUUUUAUCUGAUGCAUUACCCUGUAGCUUCGUGUCCAACAUUAACUGGACCACCCAGGAAGAUAUCUGCAGCACUUACGAUAGACGGCAGCAGUAAUCAUGCAGUACAGCUGAUCAUUUUUAAAAAGUUAAUCCACACCUCAUAGCAUAAUGGAGUCUCUCCUCUGCUUGAAAGAUCCAUCCAUCUGCGAUCCCCAGUGGGGCUCCUUAUCUAACGCUGACCCGCUGUAGAAGCUGGAGAUAAUUUUAACUAUCGCCUGACUCCAUCUGUGCAGUCCCCUAACCUAUAACACAGAAUGCAAUAUUAACUGCUGCAAAAAAAAAAAAAAAAACAUAAUCAGAUGCUAUUCUUAAGCUCAGUCAAAGAAUUUAAGUUAUCACAUAUUUUUUCUUGGCACUGAAUGGCCAAAUCUGAGCUGCUUUCAUUGACCGCAUGAUACACAGAGCAGGGAUUAGCCAUGAAGCUCACCAGCUACCCUCCAGUUAUUUAUUCAUGACUUAAUAUUAUUUAUUUCUAUAUUUAUUUUUCACUUUGGAUUUGUAUUGUAAUCACAGCGGUUGCUAUUUUAUUUUUCAUUCAGCUGCUCUCUGGAGCAGCAUGCUCACAGGAAGCAUACAUGGAUUAAUAUGUAGAUCGGUAACAGGAUGGUGUACAAAGCUGCUGCUGUUAGGCAUGUUACACCACAGCUGGUUUCCUUUAAAAAAAAUCAACCUGAAAUGUUUGACACAAAUUAGAGUUCUAGUCUGAUGUGCAAAAAUACCAGGGUAUAAAGAAAAAACAACAACCAGUUGUAGUUUUUUCUCAACCCAGUCUACCUUUCAGAGGAAACUUAUUUACUGUCCUUGUUUCUGAAUGAUGCUUUUGUCAAGGUGCAGACUGAAUAAUGAUACUGCAGUGUACAGAUCAGCAUGUGGUCGGACUGAUUGAAUACGGUUCUGUGAUGUAUUUGUUUGUGUGUGUUGUGUCCUAGAGCAGCAGAACAAUUUAAAGGGCUUUGCCUCAAACAUGAUUUUACUAAAUCUCUUUACAUCUGAUUCAGGUUAUUGUUUUUGCUUUUAUUUCACAGAAGCUGCAUAAAGCAAUAGUUUCCUAACCAGCCUCCCCACAGCUAACAUUGACAUCCUCUAAGGCACAAUACACUUUACACAUAGUAGGUUUUUUUUAUCUCCACUGGCAUAAUCCGCUCUCAUUCAGUUCUUAUGCAUGUGACUCUUAAGGUUGUUUAUUUGCCACAGCAGCUCUCUCGGAAAAAUGUUAGUUGAAUCAAGAGAAAUAAAUAAAUGAAAA